UCUCUCGCUAGCAGCUUCCUCACACCCAGACUCUCUCACACACUCCCUUUUUUUGUCCUGCACUUGGUCGUCGCUUGAAGAUUAUGGAAGCAAGUAUGAAGCCUUAUUGCCUCGCCAUCAUGGUACAACUGAUCUACACUGGCUUGUUCGUGAUAUCCAAGGCAGCCUUCAACCAGGGGAUCAACACCUACAUCUUCUUCUUCUAUCGUCAAGCUCUUGGCUCCGUUCUCUUGCUGCCUAUAGCACUUCUACAAAGGAUAAAUGCACAACCCAUCAUAUCAACUCGGGGGCUCAUCAAGAUCUUCUUUUGUACCUUAAUCGGGAUUACGCUUGGCGUAAAUCUGUAUAAUGUGAGCCUCAAGUUCACCUCUGCAACUGUGGCAUCUGCAGCAGACAGCUCAAUUCCCGCCAUCAUCUUCUUCAUGGCGGUGCUACUAAGGAUGGAGGAUGUGAAGCCGAGGAGUUCUUCAGGCAUAGCCAAGGUUACCGGCAUAGCGCUCUGCCUGGCUGGAGUCUUCACCAUCGCCUUUUUCACCGGGCCGUCAAUAAGUCCUGUGAACCAUCACCAUGCCUUUGCCUCUGACCCAGCACCAGCAGGCUCGAAACAAGUAGUUCCGAAGGCGGUAUGGAUCAAAUGGACAUUCCUUAUGGUGGUCGCCAACAUGUGCUGGUCUUUGUGGAUAGUUUUUCAGCCUGCUUUGCUAAAGGAUUGUCCAGAUAAGAUGGUUGUGACCGUCACACAGUGCCUGUUCAGCACGGUGCAAUCGUUCAUUGUCGCGGUGGUCGCGGAGCGGGACUUCUCUAAAUGGAAGCUCCGCUUUGACAUCAGCUUGCUCGCCAUUUUAUAUUCAGGUUUUAUGGUGACGGGAGUGUCCUACUACUUGCAAACUUGGUGCAUAGAGAUGAGAGGCCCUAUGUUCUUCGCCGCCUGGACUCCACUCUGCUUUGUGUUCACAAUAUUUUGCUCAUCAUUCUUUCUCGGUGAGAUUGUUCACCUCGGCAGCAUCUUGGGUGGAAUUUUGCUGGUCGGAAGCCUUUACACCAUGCUAUGGGGUAAAAGCAAAGAGGUUAAGACUGACAAUAUCACUCAUGAUACUGAGAAAGCUGAGCAUAAGAAUUCUGCUGAGAGUUACCCAGAAGAGCAACAUCGUCAUACUACGCCAGAACUAUGAAUGUUCUAGAAUCAACAUUGAUUGGCUCGUCAGCUUUGCACGUCCAAGAACUAUGAAUGUUCGAUAGAUUCAACUAAUGUACUUAACUCCAUUAUGUAUAUAAGUUAAAAUAAUAAUAAUAAUUUCUUAGUAGAUACUAGAUCAAGCAGUUUUCUAAAUCCAUAAUUUCCAUGAAGGGUUUUAUGAUAA